CAGUUUGAACGUUUUGGCAAUGUGGUUGAUUGCAUAUACGAUGCUUACUCCUUGGAUGAACGUGUCUCUCGAAUCCCUUAUCACGCUUUAAGUCCUACAGAACGAGAAACCUACAAUGGUCGUCGGACUGUAAUGGUUCACUUGGCUAAGCGCAUCAGAGACGCCGUCGUUGCUAGACAGGUUGUACGAUCUGGCCGUGAGUCUUGA